CGGAGAAGUGGGUGAUACUGUUAGUUUUUUUUUUAAAGUCCUAUAUAAUACGCCUCUCGGAACAGGCAUUUUUCCCCGUGUGUGAGACUGUGGUAGUUUGGUUCCAAAAUGGCGGGUUCUAGUAAUUGCAGCAUGGAGGUAUCCAAUGCCCAGGCAGAAACGAGUGAAAAGCAGACAGCUGCAGAAGACAUGACAUCAAAGGAUUAUUACUUUGAUUCAUAUGCCCACUUUGGAAUUCAUGAGGAAAUGUUAAAGGAUGAAGUUCGUACUUUGACAUACAGAAAUUCAAUGUUCCAUAACAGACACUUGUUUAAGGAUAAGGUUGUGCUAGAUGUGGGGAGCGGCACUGGAAUCCUAAGCAUGUUUGCAGCUAAAGCUGGAGCAAAGAAAGUAAUUGGGAUUGAAUGCUCCAGUAUUUCAGAUUAUGCAGUUAAGAUUGUGAAGGCUAACAAUCUUGAUAAUGUUAUUACAAUAAUCAAAGGAAAAGUGGAGGAAGUGGAGUUGCCAGUAGAAAAGGUGGAUAUCAUCAUCAGUGAGUGGAUGGGGUACUGCCUGUUCUAUGAAUCCAUGUUGAAUACAGUUGUUUACGCUAGAGACAAGUGGCUGCACCCAGAUGGCUUGAUAUUUCCAGACCGGGCAACUCUGUAUGUAACUGCAAUUGAAGACCGGCAGUACAAAGAUUACAAGAUUCACUGGUGGGAGAAUGUGUAUGGCUUUAACAUGUCUUGCAUAAAAGAUGUAGCUAUUAAGGAGCCGCUGGUGGAUGUUGUAGACCCAAAGCAGCUAGUUACAAAUUCUUGCCUGAUCAAGGAGGUGGAUAUCUACACGGUGAAGGUAGAAGACUUGACCUUCACAUCUCCCUUCUGUCUUCAGGUGAAGAGGAAUGACUACAUACAUGCUUUUGUGGCUUACUUCAAUAUUGAGUUCACUCGUUGCCAUAAGAGGACUGGUUUUUCAACAAGUCCAGAGUCUCCCUACACUCACUGGAAGCAGACCGUUUUCUAUCUGGAGGAUUACCUCACUGUAAAAACAGGAGAAGAGAUCUACGGUACCAUCAGCAUGAAGCCCAAUGCCAAAAAUAAUCGGGAUCUUGACUUCACUAUUGAUGUAGACUUCAAAGGCCAGCUGUGUGAGUUGUCCUGCUCUACAGAUUACAGAAUGCGUUAAAUGAGUCUCGCCACAGCUGCACACCUAAUGACCCUGGAUGAAUCUCACUUUUGAGAAAACAAGUGGCACAGUUGCCUGUGUCCCCAGUAUUAUUUUCUGCACCUCCAAAUUCAUGCACCAAGCAGUGAAACCAGAACACUUCAGUCAUGACAAUUUAUAAAAAGACUUUGAAAGGAAUGUGAGUCAUACUUUUGAAGUAUGCAUCAGAGGGGAUUUUCAGAAAUACUCCCAAUACUUUGUAACAACUAGCCAGCUAGAGAUGCAAGGGCAUUUGCUGUACAGUAUUGUUAUAGUAUUUAAGAGAACAUUCUGUAGUAUGUGAAUGAUACCAACUUACUGCAUUUGACCAUUGUUCCAGUUUUUUAUUGUGUAAAUAGUUUUAAUAAUGGUCUGUCCUUUAAUUCCCAUUGCCAACCAGUGAGGCAACUUCUUGUGACUGAAGGUUUAAUUAUUUCCUGAUUAGUGUCUUCACAUGUACAUAAUUCUUGAAGGUGUUUAAUGUCGUUUCCAUCAUGUGUACAGGUUGUAAAAUGGGCAGGUUAUAACAUAUCAUUGGUCAUAUACCCCUUCUGAACACAACUCCUGUCAAAUUUACAUGUGGCUUUAUGAAAGCCCUCAUGGAUACUGCUUGAAAGUUUUUAAAACAUGGAAUAGUUAAUUGGGCCACAGGGAGCUGUAAAAUUUCAGUUGAAUAGCAUACAGUUGGGACAUUCUUAAUGGCCUGUGCUGUAGUUUUAAAGACUGCAUUCGUAUCACAUUGUGUAGUUGGGUUUAAAUGUUUUAUUAUGCUUUGGAAUUUAUAUGGAGUUGAUAUGAAAUUCAAUACCAUUAAGGUCAUUUGUUUUGAUCUUUGUGACAAAGCUUUUACUUUGAAAUGGUGGUGUUGGGUUAUGUCCAUAUUCUUUCUUAUUUGGACAGAUGCAUUUUUGUUGCUGUUCCCCGCCUUGUAUUUAUGGAAGCGAACCAAACUGCAUUAACACCUGGUUGCAGUAUUUCUCACACCCUCCUUUCCAGGAGCCUGAACUAUGGUUGCUUAGCCCCCAGUCUGUAGAGAAAAAGGCUACCUGUGUCCUUGUAAACAUCCUAAAAAUGUGAAAAUUGUAUAGAAUACAUUCACAUUCACUCCGCCUCAGGGUCCCAGACAAGCCACCCUCAAAAACAAUAGGGGGGAUAGGAAAUAUGGCUGGACAGUAUGAUGCAUUCAGUGUUCACUCAGAAGUUUCCCAUAUCAGAUUUGGACAUUGGGACUUGAAUAGCCGUUUAAAAGAUGCACUUUUGAUUUUUAGAUUUUUAUGCAGAUAAUUGUACAGACAGUUUUGUUUAAGUGGGAGUAGGGAUUUGUUUUUUGUACUAUGGCUCCAUGCGGUGUCUGGGAAUGAUGGACUAUGUAUCUUGAACGGUAAUUCAUGUUUUUUAAAAUCUUCAGUUCUCUGAAGGCAAAACAUUGUGGCUGUGUUGUAACUUAUGUUUUUUUAUGACUACAUUCAUAAACAAAAUAAAGUGAAAAUUUAACUUCC